AUGUCUCCAACCCCUUCUACAACCACGCCAACAUGGCAUCAUUUCGAAAGGAAGGUCGAGGAUGUGAAGCCAUCAAAGACUGAUAUCAAUUUUCUUGUUAUGGAUUAUCUUGUCGCGAAUGGCUACCCAUCUGCUGCACAGAAAUUUGCUAUAGAAGCUAAUAUCCAACCCAAGCCCGAUGUGGAGUCGAUCCAAGAACGGGUGGAUAUUCGAAAUGCUAUUCAUUCGGGAGAUAUUCAGUCUGCUAUCGAGAAAUUAAACGAGUUGAACCCUCAGAUUUUAGACAAUAAUCCUUCUCUUCACUUUGCUCUUCUGCGAUUACAGCUAGUUGAGUUGAUACGGACCAGUACAUCCACUCCAAACGGAGACAUAACUCCUGCUCUAGACUUUGCGACAUCCCAUCUCGCUCCUCGAGCACCCACUAAUCCACAGUUCCUCGAGGACCUUGAAAGGACACUAUCACUCCUUAUAUUCCCAUCUGAUAAUCUUGCCCCUUCGUUAGCUGCGCUGCUGGACCCGGAGCUCAGGAAAAGCAUUGCGAACCGCGUAAAUGAAGCCAUUUUACAAAGUCAAGGCGCACGGCGUGAGGCUCGCCUACGUAAUCUUGUCAAACUCCGGUCUUGGGCAGAACAGAAGGCGCGCGAGGCGAAGAAAGACUUGCCUGAAAAAAUAGACAUUGGCCUCGAGCAAGACAGGAACAGCAAUAAUAACAGUAACCAAAACGAAGCCCAAAACGGAGGCACUGAUGAAGCUGGUGAUGCACUGAACAUGAGGAGGUAG